AAAAAGCUAUCCUACCGUUGCAGUUCGACUAUCGACCAACUACCAAUGGGCCUCAACUGGUAUUUACUCAAAACGACCGGGUCAAUGACCAGGGCCAACACCUACGUUCGAAAGUUCACGAAUGGAUCGCAGCAAAGUCGAGAUAUCAGCAUGCCAUCCAAAGUGCCAAAGAGGACAAGUGCUUCGAUCAGGAUCACGGAUUUGGAUAACAUGUCAUAUAUGUCCUCUUCUUCGCGAAAAGGCAAAAUAACGAGCGGCCGACACGAUCAGUUGAAAAUGUCGAAGAAUGCUCAACACGACGAUGUCGUCUGUCCAAUGCAAGCGAGUAGGAAGCCCAUCGAGGAGCCCACUGUUCGGGAUUCGCCACAAAUGCGCGAGUUCUUCGAGGAAGUGCGUCAGCGAAAGCUCAAGGAUUACUAUCUUCAGAUGAAGGCUGCACAAAGAAAUCCAGCGAUGUCCCAUGUGUGUCCGGAUUGUGGUUUUGUGAAGCGGGAUAAGAAGGAUCUCAGCAAAAACAUUUACUGCACGGGGGAUAAACGAUUGAGGAUAAAAGAUUGUGAUCGGCAUGGGGAUCUCACCUGGCUGUGGAACUCCUCCGCUGCAUAUCCUCACUCUGCACUUAGUUGUGGAUGCAGCAGAGGUGUCUCCAGCCACUUGGAAACUUUAAUCAAGCUGCACAAUAUAAAAUGUUUAAUUUAAAAUUUGUAAUUUUUGAUAUCUAGUUGCCAAGGAGUUUGCUGAUAAUACAUCUGUUUUUCUCCG